AUGGUUCAACUCUCUCAAGCUGUGACUGCCGCCAUUCUGGCAACUGGUGUCUUUGCUCACCCAGGCGGCAACGUCAACAAGGAGAUUUUGAGGCGUCAAGCUCAUCUCGAUCAUUCUGAACGCCGCAAUGUUCAAUCAUGCAAAAGAGAUCUCAUCGGGAGUGGCUGGGUUAGGGAACAACACCAGAGGCGUGAGGCCAGGCUGCACGAACUUCGAGUUGCUGCUGGCUUUGCCCAGCCGGGAGACCUAGUUCGUCGAGAUGUUGGCGAGGUCGAAGAGGAGUACGGUGUCCAGGCUUCAUGCACCCUUGAUCCUGAGGCGACUGAGGGCCCAUACUGGGUCGUGGGUGAAUUGGUCCGCCAGGACCUACUUACUGGAGAGAAGGGUGCUAUCACACACUUAGACAUCAACGUUGUCGAUACUUCGACCUGCAAGCCUGUCACUGACGCAUAUGUUGAGAUGUGGGGUUCCAACUCUACUGGUGUUUACACUGGCGUUCAAUCCCGUGGCAACGGCGAUGGUGGCUCAUCAUCCCUAGUGAGCAAUGCGCUUCGUGGAUUGCAGCCGACCGGUGCGAAUGGAACGGCCACAUUCAUCACUGUCAUUCCAGGUCAUUACGUUGGUCGCACAAACCACUUGCACACUAUCGUUCACCACGGUGCCACCCUCCUCCCUAACAACACUAUUGCAGGCGGCACCAUCUCUCACGUUGGUCAGUUCUACAUCGAGCAGAACUUUCUCAAUCAGGUCGAGAAGACCGCACCAUACAACACGAACACUCAAAAGGUGACUACUAACGCCCAGGAUAUGCUCUUCAACAUGGGCAAGCAGGGUGGCGACGAUCCAGUAAUGAAGAUCUCGCUCAUCGGCAGCAAAAUUGAAGACGGCCUUUAUGCAACCAUCGAUGUUGGUGUGAACCCGAAAGCUAGGCGCAACCCGGCACCCGUGAAUAUGUGGACAUCCUCUGGAGGCAAGCCGUACCCGAAUAGCCCAUGGACUGGAUACCCCGACACGUAA